CACCUCUUCGGCUCCAAGAACUCGAAAAGAAAAGCAGGAAUAACAAGAAGAGAUCGGAGGCGAGGAGGCGGGUCUUCUUGCAGGAUUCUUGACGGUGUCCUGCUCUGUCUUGUUGGAGGAUAGGAGUUCCUCAGUUCUGCAUAUCUAGAUUAUGAGCUUUCAAAUCCAAGAAAAUCGAAGAGGGUCUAGAAGAUUUCCUUCCCGAGUUGCUCCUCAGGAGUGGAUCCAAAGUGGAAUAUCUCCAAGUGCUGCUACUUUGAACUCGUCAUCAAGUCUGGUUUCAAACCCCUCCAUAGAUAGUGUGAGUUCUGAUCGUCCUAGUUGGCUUAGAGGCAACACUUCGAAAUUAAGUGGGAGUAAUGGAGAAACAACUAGUACUUCGGGCCACGGAGCUAGUUAUGGCUCAAAAUUUCAUCGGAGUCGCGUCACUGGACAAAGGAAGGAGAGGGGCAAUGAAAGGACGGUUAUGGAUGAAAGGAAGGGCUCGAAGGAUGAGAACUUGCCACAGCUUGCCCAGGAAAUCCAGGAGAAGCUAAUGAAGGGCACCGUUGAAUGCAUGAUAUGUUGCGAUAUGAUUCGCAGAACUGCUCCCAUUUGGUCAUGCCCGUGCUGUUACUCCAUUUUCCACUUGAACUGUGUCAGGAAGUGGGCUCUUGCACCCACCUCUUCUGAUCUGUCUGUGGAGAACUGUGGUGUUAACUGGCGGUGCCCCGGUUGUCAGAAGGUGCAGCUCAUGUCUUCAAAUGAGAUCAAAUAUCUAUGCUUCUGUGGGAAGAGGACAGAUCCGCCCUCUGAUUUCUAUUUGAUACCACAUUCGUGUGGCGAAUCUUGCGGCAAGCCAUUGCAGAGUCGGGCCUCAAGGGUCGAUGAGGCUGAGGAGGAUCUGUGUCCUCAUGUCUGUGUCUUGCAAUGUCAUCCUGGUCCAUGCCCUCCCUGUAAGGCGUUUGCUCCGCCACAGCCAUGCCCUUGUGGGAAAGAAACAAUUACGGUCCGAUGCUCUGACCGGAAGUCUCUUCUUACUUGUGGUCAGAAGUGUGACAAGCUACUUGAAUGUGGACGCCAUUGGUGUGGAGAGACUUGCCACGUGGGCCCUUGUGACCCUUGCCAUGCUCUGCUUGACGCUUCUUGCUUCUGCAAGAGGAAGGUAGAGGUUAUACCAUGUGGCGACAUGGAUUUGAAAGGAGAACUAGAAGCUGAACAAGGUGUGUUCUCUUGUGGUUCAACUUGCGGAGAGGAGCUUGGUUGUGGCAAUCACAAAUGCCAUGAAAUCUGCCACCCCGGUCCUUGCGGGGAGUGUGAAUUACUUCCUAGCAGGAUCAAAACUUGCUAUUGUGGGAAAACUAAUCUGCCAGAAGAAAGGCGAAGUUGUUUGGAGCCAAUUCCAACAUGUUCUGAGACUUGUGACGAGGCCCUAAGAUGCGGAAUUCACCGGUGUAAAGACAAGUGCCACGCUGGGGAUUGCGCACCUUGCUUAGUUCCUGUGAUCCAGAGGUGCCGUUGUGGCUCAACUUCACGUACAGUGCUGUGCCACAAGAUGAUGGAUGAAAUAUUUACAUGUGAGAAACCGUGCAGUCGUAAGAAGAACUGCGGCAGGCAUAGAUGCAGCGACCGUUGCUGCCCUCAAUCCAGUUCUGACACCAAUCAACAUUUUUGCACUCUGGUAUGUGAUAAAAAGCUCAGGUGUGGACAGCAUUCAUGUGAAGUGCUGUGUCACAGUGGGCAUUGCCCUCCUUGCCUUCGAAGCAUCUUUACCGACUUAAGCUGUGCGUGUGGGAGAACUUCUAUCCCACCUCCAUUGCCUUGUGGCACUCCUCUGCCUUCGUGUCCGCAUCCCUGUUCAGUCGUCCAACCUUGUGGUCAUGCGCCUUCUCACAGCUGCCACUUCGGGGAUUGUCCUCCUUGCUCGGUGCCUGUGGUGAAGGAGUGCAUAGGUGGGCAUGUUGUUCUCAGGAACAUACCUUGUGGGAGCACUAAUAACAUUACGUGUAACAACCUAUGCGGCAAGACAAGGCGCUGUGGUCUGCACGCAUGUGGUCGCACUUGUCACCCAGCACCUUGUGACGUCGAUACCCCAGAUGAAGCCCACCAUAAGGCUUCUUGUGGGCAAGUAUGCGGUGCUCCAAGGAGGGCAUGUAGGCAUACAUGUAAAGCACCUUGUCACCCCUCAUCUCCUUGUCCUGAUGUGAGAUGCAAGUUCGCUGUCACAAUUAUGUGUUCUUGUGCACGGAUUAAGGCAAACGUCCCAUGUGAUGCUGGAGGGAGUGACGAUAAUCAUGUUGGUGAAGCUUCUCUUAUCCAAAAAUUGCCUCCACUGCAGCAUUUGGAGGCCUCUUCUGGAAGGGUCCCUCUUGGACAGAGGAAGCUGAUGUGUGAUGAUGAGUGUGCUAGGUUGGAACGGAAACGAGUCCUUGCGGAUGCUUUUAACAUCGUUUCUCCAAAUUUGGAUGCUCUUCGUUUGAAAGAGAACUUCGAGUUGGUGGCAGACCUCUUUAGGCGUGAUCCCAAGUGGGUGUUAUCUGUCGAGGAUAGAUGCAAAUUCUUGUUGUAUGGCAAGAGCAUGGGGAGUACGGCCAGUCUUAAGGUCCACGUGUUCCGUCCGAUGCAUAAGGAAAAAAGAGAGGCACUGAGGCUCAUAGCACAGAGGUGGAAGCUCACAAUCCAUGAGGUUGGUCGGGAGCAGAGAUGUUUCACAGUUAUUUGCGUCACCCCCAAAUCAAAAGCGCCGGCUCGUGUGCUUGGUGUCAAGGGCCCGAUGAAUGCAAAUGCGCUGAACCCACCUACCUUUGACCCUUUGGUGGAUAUGGAUCCAAGAUAUGUAGUGUCUUUCUUCGACUUGCCUAGGGGAUCGGAUAUAAGUGCAUUGGUCCUAAGGUUCGGUGGAGAAUGUGAGCUGCUUUGGUUGAAUGACAAGAAUGCAAUGGCUGUAUUCAGUGACAUGACUCGAGCAGCAACUGCUAUGAGGACUUUGGAUCACGGAUCGGUAUAUUAUGGGGCGGUCACAUUUCUUCGAAAUGGAGGCUCAUCUGCACAGUCCUUCGCCACAAAUGCAUGGCGAGGGCCUGCAUUUACUAACAUGGGCAGCAGCUCAUGGAAGAAGGUUGUAGUUCAGGAGCCUGGUGCAGCGAAUGAUUCAUUGUAUGAUGAUGAAGGGUGGUCUGUCGCUUCUGCUACCAUCAAAGGAAAAGAAGCUCCAAGUUCUGCUUCUGCAACCGCUCAAAACAUCUCAAAUGCCGGUUCCCAGAUGGAAUUGAUAGGUGCUUCAGAUCUGGAAGAACAGCAUGAUGUAGCUUCUCAUGAAACCAAUGACAUGGUCGAUGUAGUUGAUGAUUGGGAGACUGCUUUUGCUUGAGAUGGUGCCAUGCUAAGCCAUACGUGAGGGGAUGGCUACCAAGUAAUCUUUUCAUCUCCUUACUUCCA